UAUACUACACACAUAUUUAUAUUGUAAGCGAAAUUCUGCGAUUUUCAAUCUUUUGGUUCACAGAGCGCUCACUACUUUUUUCUUUCGUUCUUUUUUGUUCUUUUCCUGCUGCGCAGAGGCUUGACGUUGAUCGUCAUUUGACCAGUUUUUGGCGUCGAACUCUAGCCAGGUGCUAUCGUUCCUCUACUCUCCGGAAGAGUCUCCAUCAAUUCGAUCCAGCUCACCAGCAAGCCCAUUCGUUAGGACGCCUGUUCUCUUGACCAUCUGACUCUCUUCUACACAACGCCCCAUUUAGUUCAAUCAUUCAGGCAAAAACAAUCAUGAUGUCGAAGAAACUGAUUGCUGCAUGGGCAUUCUUUGAUAUAUGUCUCAUGGCCGCCGGUAUCCUCUCGUUGACCUUGUCCAUUGUAUGGCGUCAACCCAACCUUUUGUUCAACUUGACGUUUGGUGGUGUGAACUUGACUGCUGGCAGCGUGCUUGGUAUAACUCUCCUCGCCACAUUUGUUCUCUCACUGCUUGUCAUCAUACAACGCGGUACCCUGGGCUUGAAAAUCCUCAACUGGGUACUUCUUGCAAACAGCAUUAUCAUCCUAGUUAUUGGCACAUAUAUCUGGAUCUUCACGCUGCAUGAACGGAAUAACUACCAUGCUGUAUUUGGGCAACAGAGCAACGAGACCAAGAUUUUGAUCCAGGAUAUGCUCAAGUGCUGUGGUUACUUCAACGCUGCUGAUGAAGUUGCGUUUGGAGGCACUACCUGCCCUAAUCAGGCCGCUGCAACUGCUUUGAACAAUUUCUGUGUCACGCCUAUCACCAAGUUCACGGAUCUGACACUGAACAACGUUUUCAGCACUGUUGAUGGUUUCAUGGCAAUCGUGAUUGGUUUUUUCCUGGCAAAUAUGUGCGUUAUCAAGAAGAGGCAAGAGUUUGAGCGCUUUGAAAAGAUCGACUCGAAGCGUGGCGGGCACAGUUUUAUUUAAAGUGCAUUGCUACCGCUCUCCGAUUGUUAUCGUUGCCCCAUUCGUUCAGGCAGUCAAGGUUUACCCGUAGUCUGUGACUGCGGAUGGCGUUAUAGCCCAAACUUGUCUUUUUAAUUCGAGGACAUUGUUCCAUUGGUUUUAUAAUUGUCUUGGAUACUACCUAGGCCUAAAGAAGGAAGAACAGUACUUCGUGGAUGCGGACUUCCCUUUUUCCGUUCGAGUACUGGACUAGUGUAUCGAUAGUAAUUCAAUGGGUUUGGAACGAGAUCUGGCUGUGAAGUGAUGGGGUUGCUCAUACUAGUAAUGCCAAGUACUCACGGUGUAAGUGUUUGCUAAUCAAGAACCUUGA